AUGCACAGGCCUGCUAUGACGGUCUCGGGCGACUCCACAAUAGUCCAUUCGCAAUGCCACCACCCGGACGACCACGCGCCGCGCCGCUCUCUGCGCAAGGCGAUCUCGAUUCCGGCCGUGUCGUCCCUCGUGAAGGGCUCAUGGAACUGGGCAGGCGAGACACUGCACUCCUAUCGCGAUGGGCUCUCCGCCGAGCAGCGGAAGCAGCGGGAGGAGGUCGAGAACCGCAAACAAGUGUUGUACUUGAAGAUUCGGAACGCUGUCACGUACGAAGAAUGGAGUGAGUGCGCCAGCGAGUUGGACAUGUUGGAGAACAACAAAGCGUGGAAAUACACCCUCGAGUGCUCCGAAUAUCACCCACAAGUGGUGCAUGAACGGCUACGACAGCUGGAGGAAGCGCGCAUUAGUUGCGAUGUGAGUCGCAUGCUGUUCCUGGUUCGGACCGCUCUGAGUCGCGAUCUCGGGAAGAUGAGCAAUGCGUCUCUAUACCGGCACUCUCAUAUUGGGACAAAGGACCUGAUCGAUCGUUACAUUACCACGGCUCUUGACACGAUCACAACCUUGGUGGACUUGUCGGUGCAUAAUCGUUGCGAUGGGCUAGAGUUGAAGUACAUCCUGGACCAAUUAUUGGCAGCACGACAGGCGUUUGGCCGGAGUGCCCUCCUCUUUUCCGGGGGCGCCACCUUUGGUAUGAACCACAUUGGUGUCCUCAAGGCUCUUUAUGAGGCUGGCCUCAUUCCUCGAAUCAUCUCCGGGGCCUCAGCGGGGAGCAUCGUGUGCGCGGUCUUCUGCACGCGCAAGGACGAGGAACUCCCGCGGUUGUUGGACACUUAUGCACACGGCAAUUUUGCCGUGUUCAAUGAGCACGGCCAGGAGGAGAACAUAUUCCAGAAAACAGCCCGGUUUCUGAAAUUCGGGUCUUUCCUCGACAUCUCUCACCUCGCCAACACAAUGCGGAAUUGGUUGGGAGACAUCACUUUCCAAGAGGCGUAUAACCGGACGCGGAGGAUCUUGAAUAUCUGUGUUUCCAGUGCCAAUAUUUAUGAGCUUCCGCGACUUCUCAAUUAUAUUUCCGCGCCAAAUGUGUUGAUCUGGUCUGCCGUAGCGGUAUCCUGUUCGGUGCCACUGGUCUUUCGACCAUUCACGUUGAUGGCCAAGGACCCUCUGACAGGAGAAGCAGUGCCCUGGAACGACCUUCAUAAGCAGUAUAUCGAUGGAUCAGUUGACGGCGACUUGCCAAUGACCCGACUGUCCGAAAUGUUCAAUGUCAACCACUUCAUCGUCUCACAGGUAAAUCCUCACGUGGUACCGUUUCUCCCAAAAGAAAACGGGCCAUCAAAUUUCGCCGAGCAGGGGUCAUCCUUCGUUCCUCGAUGGGUAAACACUAUGACCUACCUCGCUAAAGACGAGAUGCUGCACCGGAUGACUGUUCUCUCUGAAAUGGGAGUAUUCCCCAACUCCAUGACCAAGUUCGCCUCAAUCAUGAACCAGAAAUAUAGCGGAGACAUCAACAUUUACCCUGAACUCAUCUCAUCCAACUUUCCUCGGAUCUUGGAGAACCCGACAACGGAAUUCAUGCAGCAAGCAUGCCUCAGCGGGGAGCGAGCAACGUGGCCCAGGUUAAGCCGUAUCCGGAACGCGUGUGCCAUUGAGUUGGCACUAGACAAAGCUAUUCAGCAGAUGCGGGCUCGUGUGGCCUUUAGCCCCGGCCAAGUUGAGCUGCGGUUGCAAGAGUCAACCCGGCAUUCCGCCGACUCCUCAAUGGACAGCGGCUGCGCUGGCCGGGGCCGUAUUCGCAACCGAAGACGGGGUUCUCACGGACACGAGCUGGAAAGAAGACGAUCACGGGGCCUGUCUCGAAGCGACCCAGCCCAGGAACUGCGGAAGGCACGCAGCACUGCGUCAUUCGAAAACCCACCUUUCACGAUGUCGAACGAUCAAACCUCCGUGCCCGUCCGGCAGAAGGCCCACCAGCGUCGAUCUACAAUCUCCUUUAGCGGGGGGCUCUUCGCGGCUGGGUCUGCUAGCGAGGAUGAGGACGACGAAGAGCUCGGUCUAUCCUUCUCAAUAGGGCCGCCACCCUCCAAGUACCGUGCUUCCUGGGACAACUCGUUCUACGGGGAGAAUUCGAGCCAGGGCGCGCUGAGUUCUGUCCGAUCCCGGCGAUCUUCCUUCUCUUCUGGCAGGCCACAACGCCUGGAGUCAGGCCGAGGGGCUUCACCGAAACAAGGCUUUGCACCGUCGGCGCGAGAAAUCUCCAUGGCCUUGUCGCCUUCUUCCCGCCACAUGCUCAGCAUGACGCCCACCGUCCAUCCGAGCUCGCCUGAUGCACUCACGCGCAAACCGCAACAAUGA